AUGGACAUUGACGAUAUCCUAAGAGAGUUUGAAGAGUCCUCAAAUAAGCAGAAUGAACUCGCUUCCACGACAAACAUAGCGCAAGAGCUCACCACGGCAAUGAUGAAUGAGCGCAUGGCACCCGAGCUACUCCCGUACAAAUCAUCACUAAUGAAAUCAAUCUUGACCCAUAUAACCAACCAGCAACAGUUUCUCUUGGACAGCCACGAGUACGGCGACAUGAAUAGCUCGAACGGGGUAAUAAGCGACGAUUUCAAGCUUCGAUUAAUGAUUAUCGAGACCGACGUGGAGCGCACCAGUUAUUUAGUGAGGUUAUAUCUUCGAACUAGAUUAACCAAGCUCAACAAGUUUACACUAUACUAUAUCAACGAGCUGCAUAAAGAAAAUGAUACAGACGGUGAUAACAGUGCGGCAGCGACGGCACGGGCGACGGCGACGACGACAUCAGGGGGAGCUUCGAUGCUUCUUUCCCCCGAGGAAAAAGAUUACAUUCACCAAUACAUGCAUUUGCUAACCCAGCUAUACAACAACUGUUUUUUGAAAAAACUACCCAAGUUCCUCACCUUGCUAGAUGACAAUGUAGGUGGGCAAAACAUGACGAUAGCGCCAGAGUUGGAUCUGUUGGUGUUUGUGAAAUGCACGCUGGAUAUACCCAUCGCGGUUCAAUUGGACGACGACGAGAUUGACAUGGAGAAAAAUGGGGUUUACGUGGUCAAGUACCGGUUCAUCAGAAGCUUACUCGCAACAGAAGACGUGGUAUUAAUAUAA